CGCUUCGAUGGCCGCCUAUACAGCGGUUAUCUCUUCCCCCAAUCUUCUCCACUCAGACAUAAGACAAGCAAAUGGUUUGUGACUCUCGAGGAAUAUCCGUAUUCCUUAUAUCCUCCGUACAUAACGGCCGGUGCUUUCGUAUUGUCCAACACAUCGCUAAUAGACAUGUAUUUCGCUUCCUUUUACACAAAACACUUUCGUUUUGAUGACAUUUAUGUGGGAAUAUUGGCAAAGAAGUUGUCUAUUAUUCCCAAACAUAACCCGAACUUUCAUUUCUGGACUCUAAGCUAUAGUGCCGUCACUUUCGAGGACGUGAUUGCUUCCCAUGGCUUUCGGGAUUCAAACAAACUUCUCAUUUCUUGGAGCCAACAGAAGAGUUUAGGAUUCGCUUAG